CUCCAUCCAUCUCUCUCUCUCUCCAUCCAUCUCUCUCUCUCUCUCUCUCUCUCUCCCUCCUCUCCCCUCGCUUUUCCCCCUCGCUCCUCUCCUCCACACGCACAAAACGCUCUGUCAUGGCGUCUUCCAACCAUGUCACCCCCACCAACUGUAGCUGGUGGCCCAUCUCAGCCAUGGAUGGAGACGGCAAACCCACAGACGGCGAGGAGUGCGACGAGCCGGCGGCGGAGCCGCGGCCCUUCAGUAAAGAGCGGCUCGUGUUGUACCACUGGACGCAGUCGUUCGCCUCCCAGAAGGUACGUCUCGUCAUCAACGAGAAGGGCCUGAUCUGCGAGGAGAGGGACGUGAGCAUGCCGCUGCAGGAGCACAAGGAGCCCUGGUUCAUGAGGCUGAACCUGGGUGAGGAGGUGCCCGUCUUCCUCCACGGGGACGCCAUCAUCAGUGACUACAACCAGAUCAUAGACUACCUGGAGAAAAACUUUGUGGGAGAAACGGUGGCUCGGCUGAUCCCCGACGCAGAAUCGCCUCUCCACGAUCGUGUGCAGCAGUACCGCCAGCUUCUGGACGGACUGCCCAUGGACGCUUACACACACGGCUGCAUCCUGCAUCCAGAGCUCACCAUUGACUCUAUGAUCCCAAAGUACGCCACCGCAGAAAUACGCAGACACUUGGCCAACGCGGCGACGGAGCUGAUGAAGUUGGACCACGAGGAGCCCCAGCUGACAGAACCGUACCUGUCCAAGCAGAAGAAGCUCAUGGCAAAAAUCUUGGACCAUGACAAUGUGAACUACCUAAAGAAAAUUCUGGGAGAGUUAGCCAUGGUUCUCGAUCAAGUGGAGGCCGAGCUGGAGAAAAGGAAACUAGAGUAUCAAGGUCAAAAGUGUGAGUUGUGGCUAUGUGGACCUGAAUUUACGCUAGCUGAUAUCUGCCUCGGAGCCUUGUUGCACAGGCUCAAGUUCUUGGGACUUUCCAAGAAAUACUGGGAGGACGGCAGCCGAGCCAACCUGCAGUCCUUUUUUGUGCGCGUGCAAAAACGCUACGCUUUCCGCAAGGUGUUGGGCGACAUCCACACGACCCUCCUGUCCGCGGUCCUACCCAACGCCUUCCGAAUGGUAAAAAAGAAGCCGCCGUCCUUCUUCGGCGCCUCUUUUCUCAUGGGCUCGCUGGGGGGGAUGGGCUACUUUGCCUACUGGUUUUUAAAAAAGAAAUACAUGUAGUGAAUGCCCUCCUGUUGUGUUAAAUGUCUGUGUAUUUGUGUGAUGUUUCAACUUUUCUGUAAUGUUUUAUGACUGCAGGAAAACAUAAUGAAUCUAUAUAGAGAACACUAUUACUUACCUGGGCGAACAAAGAAAUAUUAAAACAUUCCAUAAUAAGAAA